UCGAAUUAUUCGGCUCAUUGGCGGGAAUCAGCGGGACGGCAAAGACAUGACAUGAGACAUGAUGACAGCAGAAGCAGACACCCUUCAGCUUCAGGAGUUGACGUUUUCAGACUUAUUUACUGAGUAAAGAGGUCAAAGCACCGGAAUUCAGGGUUCCAGCUUUGCAAUGUCAGACAAUGAGGAUGCCGACGUUGACAUUAACCUGUUGUCAGAGUUGCUGGCGCUAGCAGAGAAUGACGAUAACGACAGCGCUCCAGCCCAUGUCAAAGAACCUACUAAAGUUGAAAAUUUUGGCUCAGUCUUAGAAGAUCUUGAUAGGAUUCCCAUCAAGUCAUCAUCGAGGUCUAAGUUGGCCGACAAAACUAGCCACUUCAAUAACAACACUGAAAGUAAGAGUAAGAAGAGCGCUAUCCAUAACGGGGACACUGAUUCCUCAGACGAUGAAGAUGCUCGAAAAUAUGGGGGUGCUACGGAUGGGUUUGGGAGCAAUGUUAAACGAAUGCUCAAAACAGCUGAGGAGGAGAAGAGAAGUGGCCCCCGUCUAUCAGAUUUUAAAGAUUUCAACACUCGUGGGCCAUCCUGGAAAUCACCUGCCUCUUCAGGAGCCUCUAGCAAGUCAUCAUUAUGCCUUCCUGCCAAAAAUAAGACAGGACCAAUGGAUGUGUAUACAGAUUCAUCCAUUGGAAUGCGAAUCAUAAACCCCGUGGUCUCUUCCACUGUGAUCAAAGAACGCCUUGUGGGAAGGAAAGUUAUUUCAAUGAACCAAGCAAAGCAAUUCACCUCUGAAGGAAAGAUAACUGAUGAUUGGGUGAUCUUUGGUGCUAUAGUAUAUAAAGCUCCUCCCAAAACUUCAGCUAAAGGCAAUACUUACAGCAUUAUAAAACUGAGUGACCUCAGGGGACCUGGUAAUCCUAAAACAGUAUCCCUAUUUUUGUUUUCAAGUGCAUUCAAAAAUCAUGGCAAAGAUUCUUUAGGCACAGUCUUAGGAAUCUUGAACCCAGGUGUGAUGGAUAACAGCAGAAGUCAUGGAGAUGAAGCAUGCUUAUCUGUAGAUAAUUCUGAUAGAGUCAUGGUUUUGGGAACAUCCAAGGAUUUUGGAUUUUGUAAGUCCAAAAAGAAAAAUGGCGAGAACUGUACAUCAGUUGUCAAUUUGGCCUUGUGCGAAUAUUGUGUGUAUCAUGUAAAGCAAGAAUAUCAGAAGUGUUCCAGAAGGUCUGAUAUCCAGUCUUCAUUCAAUGGACCAGGUUUAGCAAAUUUAAGAAACAAGGUCCUAGGCAAGAAUGAAGUCUUUUAUGGUGGCCAAAGCUUUUCUGCUGUUCCGGCCAGGAAAAGCAAGAAACUGACUGAAAAAGAUCAAAGUCGUCUGAUGGCACUUUCUGGUUUGGCUACCAUCUCACCAUCACUUAAAGGCAAGGCCUCUGGUAGGAGUGGCCUAGCAACCUCAGUUGAUAUAGGGCACCGUCAAACUCAGAAAGAUAUGGACCGUUUACGUAAGCUUAUUCUAGAAGAUAACAAUAAAUUACCUGCUCCUUCAACUAAGUCAGUUGUUACUGCUCAGUUCAAACCAGGAGAGGUUCAGCCAGAUGAAGCAAAGCAAGCAGCCCUAGCACUAAUAGCUAAAAAAAAGUUGUCUGAAGAAAGAUCAGAGUUACAGAGACGACAGGAUGGUUGUGCUCCUGAAGAUACUCUAAAGCUCCCGUCAUCAUCUGUCAUGAAGGAUGCAGCGGUUAUGAAUGAAAGUGUGUCUGUCUCAAGAGGAGUCAUGGCAACUUUAGCCCUGAAUAAAAAGAAAUCAAAUUCUGGAAUGACAGCAUCCUCUCUUGGUUUAGGAAGAUCAGUUCCAGUUGAAGUGCCCUCUACUACAUCAAAGGAAACUGAUACAACCCCUUCCUCAAAGCAAAGCAAAGUUGAAGGGAAGAUUGUCCAGGCAGGAACCAGUCCAAUGGUUACUAACAAAUCAAAGACAAAAAUCAACAAAAAACCUGAUAAAGUAGAAACAUCCCCAGCCCUUAGUUCCAUUCAGCUUCAAAAGUUGGCCUCUAAUGGAAUAGAUUUUGAAAGUCGAAUGUUGAAACAGGCAGCCCAGAAAGCUGUUUUGCAAGAAGAAGCUGCCAAAGUUAAUAUAAAUGCUACUCCAUCUAUGCUAGGACUAGGGCGAAGUUCAUCUUCACUGCCUGUGUUAGGCAAAGGCCUAUCCUCAUCUGCUACUAUUGAUCUUGAUGCUCCAUUUAGCAAAAAAAUUUCUGCCUCAGCAAAACUUAAUGCUAUAAAUCUUAUUAAAAAGCGGGGAGGAAUUUCCAAACUGGACCCAAACAAUCGUGAAUUUGAAUCAAGAAAAAAAACUCCCAAAGAGACCAAAUCUGUUAAACGCCCUCGUGAUGAAACUGUUACUCCCACAGAUAUUUUAAAGAAAUUCAAGAGAUCUUCGCCAGAGCAAGACAAGGAGAAAGAAAAGGAACUAACAAAAGCAAGAUUUAAAGAGCUAAUGGAAACUAAAUCACGUCACACUGAUCUUAUUGAAGCAGCAGAAGAUGAGGCUCAAGAAAAGUAUUUUGGAAAACUGGAAAAAAAAGAGCAAAUGGAAGAAAAGAUGUUAAACACGUUCAAGGUAGCUUGCAAAGCAGUGAGAUGUUUAACUUGCAAAUACACUUCAUUCUCCGCUUCAGAGAGGUGCAAGACUGAGAGGCAUCCUCUCAAAGUAAUGGAUGCUACCAAGAGAUUCUUCAAAUGUGCAGAUUGCGGUAACCGUACUGUUUCACUUGACUUGAUUCCUUUGGUCUCGUGCUCUAAUUGCAGUAGCUCUCGCUGGGAAAGGACUGCUAUGAUUAAAGAGAGGAAAGUAGGUGUAACCCAGGAGGUACUGUCUGUUCGUGGAAUGGAGGAAACUUUCAUAGGCUCAGUAACCACGGGGGCCAAUAUUAAUCUUCUGGUGCCUGAGGAUGGGGCGUAGUCUGUUUCUACAAACCGUUUUACAUUAAAAACAACUUGCUAGUGGUACAUUAUAUUUCAUGUUUCAGAUAAAUGCAAAAUAUGACUGUGAUAAUUUUAUCUUUUAACCUGUAAACCAUAGGGAAGGAGUAUUAUCUGAUGUUCAAAAGCAGCAAAUUGAAAAUUGGUUUUCUAUAGGUGUUUUAGGCUAAUAUAUGUAAAUGAAGGUAAACUAAAACUCUGUUUUAUUAAUUAUAGUGUAUUUUAAUCAGGACAAAAGACAAUAAAAUGUAAAAUGGAAUCCACCA